UUCAGUUUGGACGCGUUGCGCUCUGCACAAUUUGUUGUUGGUAUUUUGCGGGUUUUUUGCAAGUGCGGCGCGACAAGUGUGCCAGGAUAACCUAUCGAAAUACAUAUACAUACACACAUAUAUAUAAAUAUAUUUAUAUAUAAAUAUACACAAACGUGGCCUAUGCUGUGCAGUGUAGUUAGUGUAGUGUAAUUAGUUAACAAGCAGCUGCAUUAUACAACAAGUGCUGCUUAGCGGAUUAGCUGACUUGAACGUUUAUCCUGCAAGAUGCGCUUGCAACAUUUGCCAUUGCUGUUGGCGCUGUUUGCUGUGGGAGCAGCCGCAGUCGCAGCCGCAGCAGCAACCACUUCAAAGUCCAAAAGUGAAGCCAAGACGAAACCCGAGCCAGCUACCGUUGCCACCAAGAAGCCCAGCUCCAACAGCUCCACCAGUUCCACCAGCUCCACCAGCACGACGCGCCAGUCGAAAUCCCUGAAGUCGCUGCCCGGCGAGAAUCGGGGCAAGCGCACGCUCUACGACUUCGGCAACGCGGGCUACCUGUAUCCGGAGGUGGCCAGCCGCCGGGCGGGCUACGUGGAUAACUAUUAUCCGGGCUACUACAAUGGACAGCAGGCGCUGGCUCAAUAUCCGGGCAGCUACAGCAGCGCCUAUGCGCCGUAUCCGCAGUAUCUGGAGGCGCCGGAGCCCAUCAUCGAGAUCAUCAUCAAGGACGCCAAUGAGACGCUGGCCGCGGAGCCGCCGCAGCCCAUUAUCACCAAGAAGAAGAAGAAGAAGGAGAAGGUGCACGUCUUCUAUGUGAACUACAAGAAGGAUCAGAACAACAAACUGCACCUGGAGUCGCCCAUCGCCUCGCUGAGCAACGACGACGAUGCCGAGGAGGAGGAGGAGGAAGAGGAGAUCAUUCAGUACCCGGUGACGCCCCUGCCGCCCCUCAAGUCGACCACGCUGCGCACCAUCAUCCACCCCGACUCGGAGAAGUACCACAGCAACAGCGGCAUUCACGUCUCCUUCGGCGCUGAGAACAAGCAUCAGACGGGCCACAUCCUGGAGGAGCACGACGCGGAGAGCAUUCAGCGCCAGGUGGUGGCGCUGCCGCUGACCAACACGCGCGCUGACUACGGACGCGAGAGCAGCUUUGCGCGCGGUCCCGUUUCCAAUCUGCUCUUCGGCAGCAACAACUAUCAGCAACAUCAACAGCAGCAGCAGCAGCAACAUUUGCAUUUUGGCAGCCAGCAGCAGCAGCAGCUGCCGUCGCAGCACAACAGCAACUAUUUUAGAGCACCACCAGCGCUGCCCACCAAGCAGCAGCAGCAGCAGCAGUCAUCCCAGCAGCAACAUUACUAUCAAAAGCAGCAGCAACAGCAGCAGCAACAGCAGCAGCAACAGCAACGGCCCAGCAUAACACAGCAGCAAUUGCCUGCCACAUCCUCUCAGACCAUCUUCAACAAGCUGGUGCAGCAAUCUCAGUUCUAUGUCAAUCACAAUCAGCAAUAUCAAACAGCGCAGCCACAGCAGCAGCAACAACAGCAGCAGCAGCAGCAGCAAUAUCAGAAGCCGCCACACAAACAGGUUCAGGUGCCAUUCUUUCCCACAAUACCGCCAAAAAGUCAAGAGUUGCCAACGCGUGCCAGCCAAACGCCAUAUCAGCCCAUCAAAUUCCGACCCACACCAGCGCCAGCGCCGCAAGUCAAGCCGUUGCAGCUGCCACAACAGCAGCAGCAGCAGCAGCAACAGCAACGUCAACAGCAGCAGCAACAAUAUCAAACACCCAAGCCGCAACCUUAUCAAUUCAUUAGACAGCCGCAAUUUGUGCAGCAGCCGCAGUUCAUCGUGCGCUCCCCCACCCCAGCCACCGACUACUAUGCACAGCAGCAACAGCAGCAGCAGCAGCAGCAACAUAAGUACUCAGCGCUCAACUAUUUUGACAUAAAGCCCUCCAAGGAGACGGAGCUGUUAAAGUCCAUACCCAAGUUUGAGCAGCACAUCACAGAGACGGUGCAGAAUCCCAUUGUCAGCCAGCAGCAACAGCAACAGCAGCAGCAGCAACAUGUUUCCCAUCAGUCAUUCGCUUACAGCAGCAAUCGUAAUGAAGUGAUUCAUGAUAUUCCCGCACCCAAUCUGGCACCCAAUGCGCCACAACCUCAAGCUCAGCCGCUGACGGGUCACUACAUUACAGCCAGCACCACACAGCAGCAACAGCAACAGCAGCAAAAGGUAAUGGUGGUCACGCCCCUGCCGCCCUCAUCCAGCUACGCCAGCUACAAUCAGUAUCCCUCGCACAAUGAGCAGGUGAUUCAGCAGCAGCCAAAGCAACAGCAAUCGAGCUAUGUCACACCAGCAGGAGCCGCUGCAGCUGCAACCGUUGCAGCACCCACCUCGCCAUCGCCCUCGGCCACGCCCAAUGGCAAGGCAUCGCAGACGCUGCUGCAGCUGCCCGACGAGGUGCCCGACGAUCUGCGCCAGCAACUCCUCUCCUCCGGCAUUCUGAACAACGCCGACAUCUCCAUCCUGGACUACGACAAGCAGGGGGACAUUGCCCUGGAGAAUCUGCCGGCGGAGCAUCUGCAGCACUUCUACGGGGCAGGAGGCGGUGCUCAGAUAGCCGAGACCAAUAAAGUCCUCACCGUGGUCAAGCCCAACGGCGACAAAGUGGCGCUGAGCGAGAAGCAAAUCGAUCGAGUGAAGCAGACGAAUUCGCUGCCCCAGAAACAGAAUCUGGACGUGAAGGUGGUGCGCUACGAUGCGGCCCAGGGGCAGAGCGUGAGCGACAAGUACGUGCGGCAGGAUGCCACAGUGGUGACGCCCGUGGAGCUGGCCGAGCGGCAGCAGUACAAUCGCUAUCUGCCGCUGAAGAUCAACGGGGCACAGUUUCCCAUACCCGACAGCGAGGAGCUGCUGGGCAAGAAGAUCGUGAGCGUGGUGGUGCUGGCGCCAGUGGAGGCGCAACCACAGACUAGCGAGGCCAGAAGCAGCAGCAGCAGCGUGGACAGCAAGGAGAUCAAGUUUCUGGGCGGCGAGCUGGUCAAGACGCUGCUCAAGAAGCCCACCAAGGACAACUUCAAGCGCUGGCUGGAGAAGGAGGCGCGCACAGACAUUGAGUUGCAGUCGGUGGUGCUGCUGGUGGCCAAAGCCAGCGAGAGCGCGGAGCAGGAGAUCUUCAUGUACGACAUUGCCACGGGCGGCGUGAAUAAACUGAAUGGCGAACUAUCCAGCACCUUCGUCAAUGUGGCCGAGGAGAAUGCCAGCAGUGAGGAUCUGGAGCAUGCUGCCACGCUAGAUCAGAGUUCCAUUGAGACCAUGAUGCAGCUGCGUCGCAGAUAGACGCACACACACAGAGAGACAUUAUGCCAUUUAGAUACUCGAGCUAUUCUUGUACUAGAUACAAAGAUUCUAUACAUCAUUAUAUUGUGACCCACACACACACACACACACUCACAGAGAAAAUGCAAAAUUUAACCACAUUUUAUGCAAAGGGUUUGAACGUUCGCAGUGCGUAUAUUCCUUUAUUUUUCGUAGUAUUUCAAUGUUGUAAAUAUAUUCUUGAUGAUUAUCGUAAUUUAAGUUAAUUUACGUG